CUGACGGCGCAUGCGUCCGUCCAGCUCCGCCUUUGCCUCCAAGGCUUUGCGGUCUUUGCGGCGUCCUCUUCCGACUGCGGGUUGUGCUUCCGGUGCGGAGGUCACGGACAAGAUGGUGCCGCCGGUGCAGGUCUCUCCGCUCAUCAAGCUCGGCCGCUACUCCGCCCUGUUCCUCGGUGUGGCCUACGGAGCCACGCGCUACAGUUACCUAAAACCUCGGGCAGAAGAGGAGAGGAGGAUAGAAGCAGAGGAGAAGAAGAGGCAGGAUGAACUGAAACGGAUUGCCAGAGAAUUGGCAGAAGCCCAAGAUGACAGCAUAUUAAAGUGAGUGACCCUGCGACCCUCUCUCUGGAGCAGCAGUGGAUGAAUAAAGCCUCCUGUGCUGUGUGAUA